AUGCUAGAUGAGGAAGCUGAUGACUGGUGGAUCAACACUCGUCAGGUGUUAGAUGCUUCAGCUGAAGUUGUGACUUGGUCUGUAUUUAGCAGGGAAUUUCUGAGAAAAUACUUUCCUGAGGAUGUUCAUGGGAAGAAGGAGAUUGAGUUUUUGGAGCUCAAACAUGGUAACUUGUCAGUUACUGAGUAUGCUGCCAGAUUUAUGGAACUUGCUAAGUUCUACCCUCAUUACAGUGAGGCGACUACUGUGUUCUCGAAGUGUAUCAAAUUCGAGAAUGGUUUGGAUCUAGAAAUUGGGAAGUCGAUUGGAUACCAACAGAUCAAGAGGUUUCUAGAGUUGGUAAACAGAUGUAGAAUUUAUGAGGAUGAUAGUAAGGCUCAGUCGACUUACUAUAAGAGGCUGAGCGAGAGAAGAGGAAAGAAGAAUCUGAAUCGUGGGAAGCCAUAUAGUGCUCUAACUGAUAAAGGUAAACAGAGAGUUGUUGAUGGUAAGAGGCCAAGUGGGGGAGGUGCUCCUACUCCUCUUAAGUGA